AUGGGUCUCGCAAGGCAUGUGGCUUUUCGUUCUUGGAACUGGUUGCUAUGGCUGAUGGUCCUUGCAUAUUCCGAAGCAUCCUCGUAUGUGAAUGAGUCCUCCAACUCCACUGCCCAGCAGGCACCUGAUGCUCGGUUUGCUGCUUCCAGCUCAGACCCCGAUGAAAGAAUAUCUGUGUUUGAACUGGAUUACGACUAUGUUCAAAUUCCCUAUGAGGUCACCCUCUGGAUAUUGCUUGCAUCUCUUGCAAAGAUCGGUUUCCACCUUUACCACAAGCUGCCCCACCUCAUGCCAGAGAGCUGCCUCCUCAUCAUCGUGGGCGCGCUGGUGGGUGGCAUUAUCUUUGGCACCCACCACAAAUCGCCUCCGGUCAUGGAUUCGAGCAUUUACUUCCUGUAUCUCCUUCCGCCCAUCGUGCUGGAGAGCGGCUACUUCAUGCCUACGCGGCCCUUCUUUGAGAACAUCGGCUCCAUCCUGUGGUGGGCAGGCCUGGGGGCCCUGAUCAAUGCCUUUGGCAUUGGUCUCUCCCUCUACUUCAUCUGCCAGAUCAAAUCCUUCGGCCUUGGCGACAUCAACCUGCUGCAGAACCUGCUGUUCGGUAGCCUGAUCUCGGCGGUGGACCCUGUGGCCGUGCUGGCUGUCUUCGAAGAGGCGCGCGUGAACGAGCAGCUUUACAUGAUGAUCUUUGGGGAGGCCCUGCUCAAUGACGGAAUCAGUGUGGUCUUAUACAACAUACUAAUCGCCUUCACUAAGAUGCAUAAAUUUGAGGACAUAGAACCUGUGGACAUUUUGGCUGGGUGUGCCAGAUUUGUCAUCGUGGGCUGCGGGGGAGUUUUUUUCGGCAUCAUUUUUGGGUUCAUCUCGGCUUUUAUCACACGUUUCACCCAGAACAUCUCUGCGAUUGAGCCGCUCAUCGUGUUCAUGUUCAGCUAUCUGUCUUACUUAGCCGCAGAGACUCUUUAUCUCUCCGGCAUCCUGGCAAUCACAGCUUGUGCCGUGACAAUGAAAAAGUACGUGGAGGAGAACGUGUCCCAGACGUCCUACACGACCAUCAAGUACUUCAUGAAGAUGCUGAGCAGCGUGAGCGAGACCUUGAUCUUCAUCUUCAUGGGCGUGUCCACCAUCGGGAAGAACCACGAGUGGAACUGGGCGUUCAUCUGCUUCACACUGGUCUUCUGCCAGAUCUGGAGAGCCAUCAGCGUGUUUACUCUCUUCUAUGUCAGUAACCAGUUCCGGACUUUUCCCUUCUCCGUCAAGGAUCAGUUCAUAAUCUUCUACAGUGGCGUGAGAGGCGCCGGAAGCUUUUCCCUUGCGUUUCUGCUUCCUCUGUCCCUCUUUCCUAGGAAGAAAUUAUUUGUUACUGCUACUUUAGUCGUUACAUAUUUUACUGUAUUCUUUCAGGGAAUCACAAUUGGCCCACUGGUCAGGUACCUGGAUGUCAGAAAGACCAAUAAAAAAGAAUCCAUCAACGAAGAGCUUCACAUUCGGCUGAUGGAUCAUCUGAAGGCUGGGAUUGAAGAUGUGUGUGGGCAAUGGAGUCACUACCAAGUGAGAGACAAGUUCAAGAAGUUUGAUCAUAGAUACCUACGGAAAAUUCUAAUCCGGAGGAACCUGCCGAAAUCAAGCAUCGUUUCUUUGUAUAAGAAGCUUGAGAUGAAGCAGGCCAUCGAGAUGGUAGAGACGGGGAUACUGACCUCUGCUGCUCUCCUCACACCCUAUCAGCCCGAGAGGAUACAGGGAACCAAGCGGCUUUCCCCUGAAGAUGUGGAGUCCAUGCGGGACAUUCUGACAAGAAACAUGUACCAAGUUCGACAGAGAACUCUGUCCUACAACAAAUAUAACCUCAAGCCCCAAACAAGUGAGAAGCAGGCCCAGGAGAUUCUCAUCCGCCGCCAGAACACCUUGAGGGAGAGCAUGCGGAAAGGACAGAGUCUGCCCUGGGGAAAGCCGGUGGGCACCAAGAACUUUCGCUACCUCUCCUUCCCCUACAGCAAUCCCCUGUCAGCAAGGAGAGAAGCAAGGGCUGCUGAAUCCACAGAUGACGACGGCAUCGAUCCAGGACUCCAGCCCUUGAUGUUUAGAGCACACUCGCGAGCAGGGUCCCUUCAGGAAAGACGGCAGACCCAGGCCAUGAUCCCGAUGAAGAGCUUACACAGAGGAGAGAAGGCCCUCAGCUUCAGCUACCGAAGCAACAGCAGAUGGGAGGAGCAUGCUGGAUGGGGCAGGCGGGACGUCAUCCGGCCCAAGCCACUGUUCUACGCAGUAGAUGAGGAGUACGAGUCUGGAGAGCAGACCGAGGAGGAGACAUCAGCAACCGGGUUCAGAUGGAUUGCUGAGCACAGACAUAGCAGAGAGAACUACAAAUCCCAUAGUCCUUUGCUCCAUAGAAACUAG